GAUUUAUGUGAUACGAGUCUAUCCGGUGCCUUGCCCCUUUGCCUCCCAGUGCCUUCUACUACAAUCAUACGCGUUCAUAUGUAUUGCUGAUUUUUGUACACAUAUUAUUUGUUGCCUAUGAUUCCGAUGAGUCCACAUUCCAAUUGCGAUGCUUCUUCAAUAGCCGGCAGUCGGUUCUCAGCGAGCCAAAAUGCAUGGGCAAGCAUUUUCGUGGAGAGAAUUUAUCAGUUGUGUGGCACAGUACACCCUGGUAUGGCCAUCGACCACGAUGCUGUGCUCCAUAUCAAAGACCUUAUCAACCAAAUUGUCAAUGAAAUUCUCGACCAGAAAUCGGUUACGGUAGUUGAGAUGGACAAAGCUGCUAGGAAACUAUUUCCUGUUUCAUGUCAUUGGAUUACAAAGGAUGCUUGGGAUGCCAUGUAUAAUCACACGAUUAGCAGCAGAAAAUUCCAUGCUGGAAAAUUUGGAGCAUCUCGUUUGCCUCACGAGUUACACCACAAAAUGGCUGGCAUAAUAAAAGAUAAUCUUGGAAGAGAAAAGGAUAAGAAAGAUCGAGAAAAAGACAAGGAAAUCGACAAGAUGUCGCACUAUCUUAUUGCUAUCUGUGAAGGAAUCUCCGAGGAUAUCAUGAAAUGGACAGGAAAUUAUGUGAAAAAUAUCAAAAACUCGGAUUUGAAGAUAAACUUGGCGAAUCUGAAGAUUGCAUUAAGCGCGGAUAAAGCGCUCAUGCAGUUGUCAAAUUCGCUAAGAAAUGAUGACGAUGAUCAGUCGCCCGGAGGAUUCUUGUCAAAUUUUUAUGAGUUUGAUUUGGAUGAAUCUGACGAAGAAGUAGAGCAGAAUACUACUUAUGAGUCGAUUGCUAGUGAUUUCCUCAAAGAAGAAAGAUUGUAUCUUCGGGAAUUGAAUCAGGUCAAUGUAUUCAGACGCAGACUGGAAGCUGUCCUGCAGGAUGAAGAUAAGAUCUACCUUCGGCUUCUAUUUGGCAAUCUUUCCGAAAUCCACGAGCUGACUAUGAAAAUGGAAAGGACUCUUGAAGAUUCUAUAGAAAUGAGCGAUUCGCCGUGUGUUGGCAUGGGACUAUGGGAGCUAGCUGAAGCGUACGAAUUCGAUGGAUAUGUAGCUUACAUGAACAGAGGACGCGAUGAUGAACCAGAGGAGUUGCUGACACCGGUGAUUACUAAGAUAAUCAACGAAUUAUUGGAAAACAAGAGAUAUGCAUCGUUAUUCGAGGGAGAUGACCGUUCCUAUACCGUAUCCCUGGACGGACCAACUUUUCGGCUAGCGCUCAAAUAUGUCUUGCCUACACUACUUCAUGCACCAUUGAUACAUUUCUUUCGAUAUUUAGAGUAUGUAAAUAAGCUCUUGAGGUACACGCAGAAUGAGGACGACAGGGCAGAAUUGCAGAACUCAAAAUUGUAUUUAACAACAGUGGGCAAUCAACUGGAGCAGAUGUUCGAUCAUACGGAUUUGAAAAUGAUCAAAAACCGUUCGGAGCUUUUCAACCGCUAUGACUCCCGAAUUUCGCAACUCAGUCGGAUCCAAGAGAUUCAAAGAAGUAUAGAUGGUUUCGAGGGUAAUCCUAUCGGGAAAACGUGCUCGGAACUCAUAAAACAAGGAGAUCUGCAAAUGGUACGACCGUCAUUGACCUUCUCACCCGAGAUUAUGAGGAAAGGGCGAUGGAAAACCGAGAGACAUCUUUUUCUUUUCGACCACUUGUUGGUGCUCUGCAAGAAGCAUAAACAGUACAAGUUCAAAGAGCGCAUUACGGUAAAUCUUAUGGAUAUCGUCGAUAUGGAGGAUAGCGAAGUGCUCAGGCAUUCAUUCCGAUUGGAAUCUCGGGAAAAACCGGAUUUGACUCGGUCAUUUGUUAUGAUCUGUAAAUCAGCAGAGGAAAAAAUGGAUUGGAUGUCUGCUUUGGUGACUGUGAAUACGAGAAGUUUACUCGACCGUGUCCUUGACGGCUACGAGAAAGAGGAGGCCAAACGUAUUCCUUUGGUAACACCAGGACCUGAUCAGUACAGAUUCGCUGAACCUGAUUCAGAAGAGAACAUCUCGUUUGAGGACUACACAUCGAGUAGUGGAAUUCCUGUUGUGAAGAAUGGGACUGUGUUAAAACUUGUUGAACGAUUGACCUACCAUCAAUACACCGAUAACAAAUAUGUGCAAACAUUUUUGAUUUCGUAUCGGUCAUUUUGCACUCCGAGCGAACUUCUUGAUAUGCUCAUCGAGAGAUUCAAUGUCCCAAUUCCCAACAAACUUCUGCAAAAUCAGGAAAUGAGAGGUGGGCCGCUGGCUGGUCGUUACGAUACUGUACAAUCACAUGGUCUAUCUGGUCCAAUGAUGUUUUCGCCGUAUAGUGAGCAAAGCUAUCAGCGAUUCCGCAAGGAGUAUGAACGACCAAUACAGAGAAGGGUUCUGAGUGUCUUGCACCAAUGGGUCAAAAAUCAUUGGUACGACUUCGAGAACGAUCCCACGCUACUGGAAUGCCUAGAACGUUUUCUGCAAACAUCGUGUGACCAGAAACUGACAAAUCAGCAUAAGAAGUUUUGCAAGAAUAUCAUCACUCUCAUAGAGAAGAAACAGAAACAGCAGGACUCUGAAGGCCAUGUGAAUACAGCCUUCGACUUCGAGGAAGCAAAUGCGUUUCAGCCAAAGAAGCCGGAGAUUGUCUGGCAUGCUGCCAAGCAAGGCGAUGUAGCCAACUAUGACCUUCUCACAUUACACCCUCUUGAAAUUGGCAGACAGCUUACACUACUUCACUUCGAUUUAUACCGCGCUAUCAAACCCAUCGAAUUAGUGGGAGCGGCUUGGACUAAGCACGACAAAUAUAGGAGAAGUCCACAAUUAUUGAAGCUUACUGAUCAUUCCACACUGCUCACCUAUUGGGUAUCCAGAUCUAUAGUCGAGACAGAAUCACUUGAAGAGCGGGUGGCGAUGUUUGCACGCGUCCUAGAGGUGAUGUCUGUCUUCGAAGAGCUCCACAAUUUCACGGGCCUUGUAGCAUUCCAGUCAGCACUCAAUUCCGCAUGUGUCCAUCGACUAUCCUGGUGCUGGGAGCGUUUGGAUCACGAAAAAGUAAAAACAUACGAUCGUUUUGUAAAACUUUGCGAGCCGCGAUACAUAGAGAUGCAGAAGCGAAUACAGUCGAUAAAUCCGCCUUGUGUACCGUUUUUCGGGCACUACUUAUCGAAUAUAUUCUUCUUCGAAGCAGGAAAUAGUACAUUUGUAAAAUCUCCGGGAGGAACGUCUACUGAAGUACCACGCACGUUGCAGGAUUCCUACGAUCCCCAGUCACCUCCACCAUCGAACAAAAGAGUGCUAGUGCAAUUUCUGAAGUGUCGGCGCAUAUCGGAUCUGAUUCGAGAGAUUCAAAUGUAUCAGAACCAGCCGUAUGCACUGCAAGUUGAGAAGAGUAUUCGGGAGUUCUUCGAGUCGAUCAACCCGAAGAGCGAUUUCAACAAUGACGGAGAUGCGUUAGAAACGUAUCUAUACGAAAAAUCACUUAAAGUUCAGCCUAAGGAUGCUGAUAAGAUUCCUGAUGUGAAGCCGAAACGAGCACUACAUGUGCUAAAAUCGCCAGGAAUUAAACCGCCGAAAACGAAUCACUACUCAGCAAGUCAUCAUCAUGCAGCUUCAAGUUAUAGUACACAAUCGUCGACGGCACCAAGUACACCACGACCAGAUGGAGAAGGACCACGACCGCCAAUUUUGACACCACCAGAUGCUGAAGAUGCGCAUUUUUCCCUGGUCGACAUAACACCCGGUCAACAUCCGAAAUUUGUCGGUGACGUACCGAGACGAACGCAUAAAAUUGGCCAACUCCAACCACCACCACUUGCCCCCCGAAAAGGACAACGUGCGGUGUCAACAGCACCAUCGUCAGCGCUAACCUCACCUGCACCAUCUACAGCUCCACCUUUGUACCCACGACGAGUACCGGUAAACUCGUCCCCGUCAAGUCGAUCUCCACAAACACCUGUGAGAAUGUCAGGAGAUCACGCCCCGCAAGCAUUUGUGUUUCCAACUGUGGAUUCUCCGCCACCGCCUGCACUUCCGCCACGUCAUUCCGCAACUGGCUCGACGUCAACCACACCUGGAGCUAUGUCCAUGAGUAAUGAACAAUUGCGAGUAGUUUUGGACAGGCCAUCCAGUGAAUCCAGUUCACCGACAGUAUGUUUGUCCGUACCGUUGCCACCAGCGCUACCACCUCGACGUGGUACGGCCGCGCAACAAACACCACCGCCGUUACCGCCAAAAACGCGCAAUAUUGGCAGUCCGUCAUUACAACGUACGAGCGUGUCGCCAUUAUCUCCUGACACACCACCACCGUUGCCGCCGAAGACGUACAAAACGCGUAAGCAAAACGACAGUCCAACGAUCACUGCCACCACAUCACCAACGCAGUAAUCGAUCGGCUUGCCUGCAUCGCGCACGCACGCGCGCGACCGCCGCGCACAGCACGCGCGUCAUCGUACGCUCUGCAAGUCUGCAUCGGCAGACCGCCGUCGACGAGAAAGUUCUAUGUUUUUUUCCAUUGCCGCAGAUACUAUUGCUGCUCCUCGCACUCACUUCCAUCCGCUGGUAGUGUGUUUUCAUUGAAAAGUUGUUCGAAAUCGCGUACUGAUUGAAUUACGUUCCUAUUUCCUACUUAAGGAUUUAUGGUGCAAAUCAACUCAGCGCUCUUUUCACACAGAUCUCUCAGAUUUGUUUUUUUUUCUUCUAUAAAUUGUUCCAGAAAAUUUUAUGUGCAUAUUAUUUUUGGGGCAUUCGAAAUCAUCGCCAUACAUAUUUGUGCCAGUUUUGUAGGUGUCUAUCCUCUAUCAUUUCUCUUUAGCCGAAAUAUGAAUGUAGGAAUAUAUCUCCCCAAAUUUACAUGCUAAAAAAAUUCUUCUCUCUCCUAUAGUUUUUUCCAAGAAUCAAAAAACGUGUUAGGGCGUCUUGCGAAGUGUAAAAGUGAUACCUGUGAUAUGUUCAGUAUUCUCGCUCCAAUUGCUCUAUCUUGCUCUGUUUUUUGUUUUGCCUCAUCUGCUGCUAAUUUGUGACGAAGUAGUUUGAUUGUAGUAGUAGUGUUACUCAGCGCUGUGCGCUGUAUACUCCACUCAAUCCCUUGUAAAAUUAAUGUAAGUACGAAAAUGAUUUAUGAUCUAUACGUUGCUUUCUUCAGUUUCUAUCCUCUAUUCUUCAUAAAUUCCCGAAGUAGUGUGUAAAUUUUCGUUAUUUGUUAUUGCCGCUAUUUUUCAAACUCUUUACUCUUUAUCUACUUAGCUAAUGCAUGCAUAAUUUUUCAUUUGUUAAUUAAUCUUUGCAUUUGAAUGAAGAAUUGAAUAUAUUGUGUCAAUUUCUUUCUGCCCAGGUUUUCGCUUAGUUGAACUUGAAAGGACUAACAGGUACAGUUGGUCCUGAAACGAAACGAGUACUGUGAAUACAGAUUUAUGAUUUGUCUCCAGUAAAUCGAGUAGCAGCUGAUUUUU